UCGGUGAAUAUUUUCUUCUAAGCGAUCAGUUCCAAUAAGUGUAAUAAAUUGUUUUAGAUCCGUUUUAGAAUAUUAGAUUCUAUCUGGAAAAAAAUUGGGCAAUUUGCCGUUUUUAUGUGCGUUGAAUUAGCAAGGUUCGGGGCAGCUAACCUCCAGAGUGAAUGUAUGAAGUAGUAGGUGCAGAACCGUGAACCUUUCAUGAAGAUCGUUGAACGCAUCACUUAUUGUGUGUCGGACGCGCAGGAUCUACCCUUGACUGGAUCAGAAGCAGCGGAAAAAAUCUCUAGAAAUGUGCUGCUGAAUGCUACUCACGGAUGUGCUCGGAUGGUGUAAAGAGUAGCUAGUGAUUUUUCUUCGCGCCGCCCGCCGUCAGUCUUUUUUGGGGUGGUGAAAUGUGGGAUUCUUUGGAUUGUUUAUAAAUAUUUUGAGCGUUUUGUACUCGAGCUGCCGUACUCAGCUGGAGUAUCGAUUUGCUUCGGGGACCGACGCGCGAGAUGCAGUGCCGGCUAUCUACAUCUAUCUAUCUUUGUAGCAUCAGCUAAUGAUCGACUAAGCGGGUGGGAUUGUGUAAGUUUCGUAAAAAAUUUCUAAAGUAAAUGCAAAAAAUCAACUAAAAGAAGUGUGAAGUGUAUGUGAGUUCGUGUUCGAGUGAACCCGAUAAUGAGAGUAAUUUAUUAACAGUAGUCCCAUCCCAUAAUUCGGAGGAAAAAGUAGCAGCCACUGGCAGCGGGAAGCAAUCGUACGCAUAAGAGUCUCGAUCACCCACCCAAUAAUACGACGCUUCAAGUGUUUCGAUGAUCAACUUUUGAAUCAACUAAAUCAACCUGUAAUACGUAAUACUCAGCUGUCUUCCGGGAAGACAGCGACACUCAUACUAGUGGCAAUCAUCUGAACACGGAUGUUUCUCGAAAACUGUGAUACUAGAAAUAGUAGUUAAAAUACUCUCAUCGUUUACUCCAUCUUGAUACUAAACUUUAAGACAAAAAAGAAUAAAAAAAAAUCCCUCCGCAUAACCAUGUUGAACCGACUGAGAAUGCGCAAGGAGAAACCGUCCAAGUCGGAGAGUAUCUCCCCGGCGGCCAGUGCCGUCAUCCAGGAAACGGCCCCGGACAACCGGAAGCUCAUCCUGGACAGUAGCCGCUGGGAGAGGCGUCUGCAGAAAGAACUGAUGUCCCUCAUCAAAGAACCACCACCAGGAGUGACGGUGGACGAAGAAAGCGUUAGUCAAAAUUUAACACAAUGGAUAAUCAACAUCGACGGCGUGGAGGGCACGUUAUACGAGGGAGAGCACUUUCAGCUACUAUUUAAAUUUAACAAUAAAUACCCGUUCGACUCACCUGAGGUGACAUUCAUAGGUUCCAAUAUACCGGUGCAUCCGCACGUUUACUCAAAUGGUCACAUCUGCCUUUCGAUCCUAACCGAUGAUUGGUCGCCAGCCCUCUCGGUACAAUCCGUCUGUCUUAGCAUAUCGUCGAUGUUGAGCAGUUGUCGGGAAAAGCGUCGACCGCCGGAUAACGGAAUCUACGUGAAAACCUGCAACAAGAACCCCAAGAAAACCAAAUGGUGGUACCAUGAUGAUUCCGUGUAGAGUAAAAAACUGCAGGCGAAUUACUAUUCGCCGGGAUCCGUAGCGUUUAAGCCGAGAAGGAUUAAAGGAAGAAAUAAAGGAAACCCCCGGUCAAUGCGCCAGUUUCUCCUCUAGUUCCUCGCCAUCAUAGAUUAUCAUCCGUUAACAAUGAAUCAAUCACACAAGACAAACCGGUGAGGAAAACAAAAAUGCAAUAGUUGAAAAAAUCAAUUCCAAUCAGCAAAACGGUUAAAAGGCAACGGCAACAGAAAACAAGAAACAACUGCAGCUUCCAAGGAGACGAUGAUGAUGGAUGGUUCGAGUUUGUGAUUUAAGAGAGGCAGACUAUUUUAGGCCCCAUACGCGUUCACGAAAUUGUUAAUUGUUGAUAAAAUUUAUACUUCAGUGGUUUUAAGUUGUAUUUUUUUAAAAAGCUGAAUACUAUUUGAAAUUUUACAAAUGCUACAAGCUUCUACUAUCAAUGAUGAAUCUUCUGAACAUGUGACAUAGUAACGCAUCACAAAGUAAAUUGAUAUUAUUUCGAUAAGAUGAUCCAAGAGCUGUUUUUCAAAAGGUUUGAAUGUAAAAAGGUCGUUUUUCAAUAUUUGUUUUAUUUGGAAAUUAUUUUAGAUACCUCCUCAAAAUCAAAUGUCUUGAAUUUGUUACAAAUGAAGAGAAAAAAUUCGUAAUAUAGCAGCAAUACUGGAUUUAAGAUAAUCCGUUUUUCAGAAAUAACCUUCUGUUUGAAAUCAUGUUUGAACAUUUUUUAGUCACAUACUAAUUAGGAGGAUCAAUUGAGACAUCAAGAAAUAUCUUUCAAAUAAUUUGCUCAAGUAGCUGAAUUUUGUCAUAUUAUUUGCUAACCAUUUUUCUUCUAUUUUUGAAUAUAUAUCAGAAACUGUUUUACGGAUUAUUCAUUUGAAUGAUAUUAGUUGAAAAAUUUACAAUAUGAACCCAAUCUCGUUCGGAGUCAGUUUACGAAUCAAAUCAAUCACAACCUAGAGCAAACCGUUAAUAGUCAGCUUUAUUUUAAACGGUUUUAUCUUUUUCUGUAAAUUUUGUAUAGGAAAACAAACAGAAACAAGGAAUACUUAUAAAUUAUUAUUUUAAUCCUUAGAAUUAAACCUUCGUUCAUAAAACAAGUCAGAGCGCUGCUGUUCUCGAACAAUCAGUGUUAAUGUUAAGAUGUACAAGUUUGAUUAUAUGCGUCUAUAUCUGUAUGUAAUUCAAUUUAUCCUUUAGUUAUCCGUCGAUAUAAAAAAAAACAACGCGUGCGUAGAUUCGAAAAAUAUAACCACGGCAUAUUCAAGUCACCAAAAAAAGUAAACACAUUCCGUUUGUUGAAAGGAGUAGAAAAAAAAACAAUUCGUAACUUAAAAGAAAACGAAAUUCGCUGUAAUUUGUAUUAUAUUUGGUGGUAUCAUUGGAUUCAUAUUUCUCUACCCUAAUCUAGGCAUUAGUUGAAAGUGUUAUAAACUUUAAACGAAAAAAAGAGAGAGAAACAAAAAAAACAUCACCGGUAAAUGGAAAUGAAAGUCCAAAAUGUGUUCCGUAACUAGACAGAUGAGUCGAAAUAGGGUAAUCAAUUCCAAACCGCGCUGUCUGAUGCUGAAUCGUGAUCUACACCAAAAACAAAUAAACUCUAAAAAAUAUUCGGUUGUUGAAAUGAUUUUUCAGUUGGAUGUACUCACUUUUUUGCAACCUUUUCAUACCGGAAACAUCAAACUCCAUUUGUUGUGAAAAAAAGAAAACGUUAAAUAACGAACAAAUUUAAGAGAUAAAGAAGGAUAGGUACAAGGCAAACGAAAAAUUGAGAGACAAUUAUCCUAAACAAACAAAAAAAAACACGUAAAAACUUUUUAAUCAAAUGUUAAUUGAGCAGAAGCACACAGCCUAAAGUUUCAUGGGAAUUCAAUAGACGAAGCUAUUACAACAAGCUGCAACAAAUGCAUAUAAGUAUAGAUACAUAGGUAACUGAAAAAAAACGAUUAAAGUAAAUCAAAAUAUGCAUUCAAUUUCAAGCAAGCAAACAAACAAACAAACAAACGAGGAAAUUGUGUAUAGUCAAACUUAAAAUGUACUUGUUUGGGUUUACACUUGAGAAACAAUAUAAUUUGUGAAAAAGAA